CGAAACAGUGGCAGCACCCGGUGCUGGAGCUGUCCGUGGGGCUGCCGUGCCAACCAGGGGAGAAGAUGUCAGACUCGGAGGGGUGCCAGGAGGGUGCAGAAGGAGUGAGCCAAGUGGGAGAUGAAUCCCCUGAGGAGAACGAGAGGCUGACAGCACAGUGGAGCGUGGAAGAUGAGGAGGAGGCGGCGAGAGAGCGGCGGCGGCGGGAGCGGGAGAAGCAGCUGCGGUCCCAGGCAGAGGAGGGCUUGAAUGGCACCGUCUCCUGCUCAGAGAGUGCAGCUCUGGCACAGGAAAACCACUACGACUUCAAGCCAUCUGGGCCUUCGGAGCUGGAGGAAGAUGAGGGGUUCAGUGACUGGUCCCAGAAGCUCGAGCAGCGCAGGCAGAGGUCUCCAAGACAGUCCUACGAAGAAGAGGACAGUGGUGUGAGAGAAGCUGAGGUCAAACUGGAGCAGAUCCAGCUGGAUCAGGAAAGCCCAGAGAAGACUAUGGCUGUCAGAGAGGAAGAGAGGCUGUGCCAGGAGGAAGAAAAGGUUCAAGAACAGGAGGAGCAGGAACAAGCUGAGCAAGAGGAAAAGAAGAGAAGGCGAAAUGAUGGCGAGAAGGAAGAAGAAACACCAGAGAAACGGCAGAAGGCCCCGAGCCUUGGCAGCCUGGAAGAGGAGGAGCUGUGCUCUGACCACACUGCCGUGUGCUCCACAAAGAUCACGGACAGAACUGAGUCGCUGAACCGCUCGAUACAAAAAAGUAACAGCAUAAAGAAGAGUCAGCCUCCUCUCCCUGUGUCCAAGAUUGAUGACAGGCUGGAGCAGUACACACAGGCUAUUGAGACUUCCACAAAGGCUCCAAAGCCUGUCCGGCAGCCCUCUCUUGACCUUCCCACCACGAGCAUGAUGGUAGCCAGCACAAAAAGCCUCUGGGAGACUGGGGAGGUGACAGCUCAGUCUGCUGUGAAGCCCUCAGCCUGUAAGGAUAUUGUGGCUGGAGACAUUGUGAGUAAAAGAAGCCUUUGGGAACAGAAGGGGAGUACCAAACCUGAGAGCAGUGUCAAGUCCAUUCCUUCUGGCAAAAAGUAUAAAUUUGUUGCAACAGGCCAUGGCCAAUACAAGAAGGUGUUGAUAGACGAUGCUGCAGAGCAAUAGCAUGUCUGGAGAACUCAUUAACCAGCUGAGCUUGGUCCUGACUGAAUGCAACCCUCCAUGCCACUAUUUCCUCUGCUGCACAGAAGAUAAUUGAAGGAUGUUUCUCUUCUCCUGACUGCUGUCAGUCUGCUUUGGGGUACAGCCUGACUCCUCUUGGGGUUUGAGCAAUACCCCACACUGCCUCCAGAUGGAUGAAGGGAACUAGAUCAGCUGACAGAACUCAUCCCUGUUUUAACUUUCUAUGUGACUCUUUGGCUUCUUUUUCUUUUUUUUUUUUAAUCUGUCUCUGCUAUGGAGAUGAGAGGCUCUGUUCCCUCUCCUUAAGUGUUGGAA